UGAAUAUUCAGAAUAAGUAAGACAACGUACAAUCAUAGUUCACGUUUUUCAACACCUAGAAUACCUAUUCAAAUCUUCUUCAUCAUGAAAACGACAAUUGUUUCGCUUUUAUUUUCACUUUGCGUCGUACAAAUUCAAUCAGACGCAAAUUAUGAUCACUUUGUAAUGAGCGAAGCUCACAUUCUUGAACGUCGUGUCCACGAAGAUGCUAAUGCGGGAUACCUUCCAUUUUAUAUCGAAUGCCCUAAAAUAGAAACUAGGAGUAAUUGCUCCCCAGUAAUUCCUUAUCUAAGCAAUUCUGACGGAUAUGUUAUCACCAAGAAGAACCAUCUCGAGAAUCAUAUUUUCUACGGAUGUAUUAAAAAAAAAGUCCCCAGCAACGAGCUCAAUCCAGUGCAUUACAAAAAUACUUUGACAAUGAAACGUGCGAGAGCAACAGUCCAUCAAGAGCUAUCUAACUUUCGACCCUUUUACAAUUUAUACAAACUUAGAUGCAGAUCAGAAGUUUCACCGACCAUAUGGAAAACUGCACGACAGUCAAAUUUAUACACAGGACUAGAACAUUACGAAAUUGGAUUCAUGAUAGAAGGACUUUACGAUAUGCCCCUAGCCGAAGUUCAUUUCGAUCAUGACAAAAAAAUCCCUCUUUAUACAAAACAUACAUUGUACGGGAAAUCUUUGACAGCACAGACUGAGGCAUUCAAAACUAAAGAGGAACUCGUGUACGAGGAGGAUUCAACAAGAUUCACAGUAGAAGACCUGCAAGCAGCGAUAGAGUAUUAUUACAAAUUCAAUGAGGUAGGUAGUGCAACAAGGUCAGACUUGUAUGAUCUUCUGAGCGAGAAAGGUUUGAAUACAAUUCCAGAAAAAUCGGAAAUCUCAUUAGCACAUUUAAUUCCCGAGUACGAUACGAUAGAGACCAGCUGGAAAAACAUUGCUCGCUUUGCUCAAACCAUAGCACCUAUGUGGACAGAUUUAUACAUUAAUGAAUGGGCUGACAUAGAAAACAAGAUACGAGAGGUAGCGUUCAUGAAAGAUAAAAAGCUGACAGUUAUCAGCGGUACACAUGGACAACUAACUUUCAACUUUAAAGCUUCAGAAAAACUUCCAGAUGAAAACAAAUUUUUCCUGAAUUAUCGGUCCGUUUGUCCCAAACUUUUGGUUCCUGUUCCAGAAUUAUUCUGGAAAUUGGUAAUAGAUGACACAGUCACGUACCUAACCAGGAAAAGCGCCAUUGUGAUCAUAAUGUACAACGUUACAGAAGUACUGACAAGUUUGAAUAUUUUUGCACCAUUUCAAAAACCUUGUGAAUCUAAGUGUAAUCAACUUCAAUGGUCGGGAAUUGAAAAACCAAAUUUAGUAUACUGUUGCAACGUUAGAGAAGUUAAAAGAAUCAUAACCGAAUUUCCAACCGAUAUUCACAGCGGACAUUUCGAUCCAUUCUCAUUGUGAGAUAAUAUGACUAAAAUGUACAUUGUACAUACAACUGUGUACCUUGUAAUGUAAUGUACGAGUACCUACAUCGGGCACCCUAUUCUUUUACUAGUUUCUUCAUUAUAUUGCAUCUAUUUCACUAGUUGAUAAUAAUUAUAGGUAUUUAUUUUAUCAACACCAUAAAUUGUAGCUUAA